UAGGCCCCCGAAAGAAUGGAGGUCAGCCUGAGGAAGACAGACCGAUAAAGGACACCCCGCCUUGGGAGCCCCGGCUCGCUGCCUGUCUGGAAGGGAGGUCGACGGCGAGCGCGUGAUAAACACAGGACGGACCCACGCGGCUGCUGGCCGUCCCUGACCCGGGGCCCCUGGCCGGCCGAGGUCUGGGGUGGGCGAAGCUCCUCCGACGCUGAUGCACACGGUUUUCGAACAGACUCAGGCGAGAGCCUGGGCGGACGAGGGCCCGCUGGCCCCGGGAGGGCAGCCUCGGAGCCGUGCUCACCGCCGGGGUCCGGAGUGGGCCGGGGCUGGUUCAGCGGCAUGAAGGGAAACCGCGGGAGAGCGCGGAGCGCCGGCGGAGCGCCUUCGGCCCCCGGCACGAAAACGCUUGUUCGCUGCUGCGUGCUGCACGCCUAGGUGUGCGGCCAGGAGGGAGGCGGCCCGAGUUCCAGCAGGUCGGGAAUAAAUCACCGCCAGGCGGAGGAUCCAGAGCCGUCCUUCCUUUUGUUGGGCGAGGAGUGCCGGGCCAGCGCGGCCACACCGCCUUUGCAAAGAAGCGGCUCCCCCGGCUGCACGCGGCUCCGGCCCCGGGGGUCCAGGCAUGGACGGGAAGAGGUGCAGCGUGUGGAUGUUUUUACCUCUUGUAUUUACCCUGUUUACUUCAGCUGGAUUGUGGAUAGUAUACUUCAUAGCUGUGGAAGAUGACAAGAUUUUCCCAUUAAAUUCAGCUGAAAGGAAACUGGGUGUGAAGCAUGCGCCAUACAUAAGUAUUGCAGGUGAUGAGCCUCCUGCAAGCUGCGUGUUUAGUCAAGUUAUGAACAUGGCAGCCUUCCUAGCUCUUGUGGUAGCUGUUCUGCGCUUCAUACAGCUGAAACCAAAGGUUUUAAAUCCGUGGCUGAAUAUUAGCGGCUUGGUGGCGCUCUGUCUGGCUUCCUUUGGAAUGACCUUACUUGGUAAUUUUCAGCUCACAAACGACGAAGAAAUCCAUAAUGUCGGAACUUCCUUGACUUUCGGGUUUGGCACAUUGACCUGCUGGAUCCAGGCUGCCUUGACACUCAAAGUCAACAUCAGGAAUGAAGGACGGAAAACUGGAAUUCCACGCGUUAUUCUCUCAGCAUCUAUCACUCUCUGUGUGGUCCUCUACUUCAUCCUGAUGGCCCAAGGCAUCCACAUGUACGCAGCCAGGGUCCAGUGGGGCCUGGUCAUGUGCUUCCUGUCUUACUUCGGCACCUUCGCCGUGGAGUUCCGGCACUAUCGUUACGAGAUCGUGUGUUCCGAGUACCAGGAGAAUUUCCUGAGCUUCUCGGAGACCCUGUCGGAAGCGUCUGAAUACCAGACGGACCAGGUGUAACCCAUCAGGUUUUGCCCGCUGGGGAGGUGGGUGUGGCAGCGGGGGAGGGGCCGGGACACACCCACAGGACUUUUCACAUCCCCUCAUGACACACUGCACACGUCCCACACACACACACACACACACACACACACACACACACGCGCGAGUGCGUUUGUGGCCACAUUUGCCAAAUGAGCUUUUCAGGGCGAGUUAUUUACCGAAAAAGCACAAGCCCUGUGUCGAAAUACACGCUGUUACACUGAAAAUACAAUGCACGACAGAGCAAGAAGCUUGUGCAUGAUCACCCCCCCUUCCCUCUCUGCCGACGCCCCUGCUCUCCUGGUCCUUUUCACCAACCUCAGACAUCGAGGCACCCUACCACGGCGUCGGGCAGGCCAAUCGGAACACCGGAACGAUGCCAACUCCCCACGUUGCCUUCAGACCCAAAGGGCUUGGAAGCGGCUCAUGAUGAAGUUCUGAAUCUGGCACUAGUGCACUUGGAUGGACCGAGGGUCAUCCAGUUGGAUGGAAACCAUACAGGGGUGUGACCCCGCCUCGUACCCUGGGGAGAGCAUGGGGUCAAGGACAGAACUUUCCCACACAAGCUCCUCUCAUCGUGGUUCAGUGGUUGGCUGAGCAGAUCUGGUGAAAGGAUACACUACACGCUGUGAGAGGGAAGCCCGCCACCGUGAUUUGGCCGUGACUGUGACAGAGAAAAUAUUUCCAAAUGUGAGUAUCUGCAAGACCGUGGUCUGCCAGGCGUGCAACAAGAUCAGGGCAGCGAGGGUGUGGUGUCACUUUUUGCUUCCAUGGUAUGCUGUGUUCAAUUUUUAUUUUACAUUUCAUGGGUUGCCUUUUUUUUUCUUUAAGAACUACCAUGGGGCUCUUGAGGCCUCAUGGACAAAGAGGAUGUACGCCAAAUGCAGGAACUGAGCUCGUUUGGGGUUCAACCAUGCUAAAAGAAAAAAAAAAAGUCACGUGCAGGCUUCAUGUGCUACUUCUGUGUUUGAAGCUAAGAAAAUGUUCCAGAAAAGCACAAAGAAAUAUACAUGGAGGUAAUAAAAAGAGCUCCUGCUGGACACUGAUAAACGAUGGGGCUUUCAGAGCAUCUUGUUAAGUCCAAAUCAAGAGAGGUUCUUAAUAUGUAUGUAUUGCUCAAAUUUAGUAUUUUGGGGGCGGGUUUAAGGGCUUUUCACACUUGGAAUUUGUAGAAGCCAAUGAAAAGGCUGCCCUCCCCCCGAAAAACAAAUUGGUGCAGCUAUAGUCCCCUUCUACCCAACACGUGGCUCCCACCUGCAGAGUCUGGAACUCAGACUAACUAUAUAUAUGCCUGGGCGGUAGAGGCUGAGCUGCAUAAAAAAGGGCAGAAUUCUCAAUUCUGAAUGGGUUGAGAUGGACUAAAUAAAUUGACAGACCCUCCUUGAGUGCACUUUGCUUUCCAGAAAUUCCCAAAUUGACUUCAUAGAAGCUUGGGAUUUCGUGGAAUAUAAUGUGAAAAAUGUUUUUUAACUCAUUCCAAACUCUGAGCUCCUUGAGGGGGUCAGUGACUUUUCAUCUGUGUUUAUCCCCUCCCAGCACAGUGCCUGGCACAUAUUAGGUGCUCAACAAACGUCUGCUGGGUAGAAUCACUGAUAACUGGGAACAGGAGAAGGGAGCAUCAGAGAAAGACUCAAAGAUGAGUAAGGGGGAGUUCCUGUUGGGGUGCAUCGGGUCAAGAAUCUGACUUCAGUGGCUCAGGUCACGGGUUCAGCUCCAUCCCGGUGCAGUGGGUUAAAGGAUCCAGCUCACGCUGCAGCUGCGGCUCAGCUUCAAUCCCUGGCCCAGGAACUUCCACAUGCCAUGGGCGCAGCCAUGAAGAAGUAAUAAUAGUAAUUUUUAAAAGAUGAGUAAGAGGGAAGAGACGAUGCCUGUGUCACGAGAGACAGGACUGGGAGAAAUCACGAGUGAGGGCUAGAUGAGGGAGUGAGAAUACCUCUAAAGGAUAAGUCAAAUGUGAGAAAGGAAGCAGAGUGCGCUCUCCUACGAGAAAGGCUUCUUACUGUAAAUAGUCCAAGGUGACAGUUGUUAUUUUUGAAUACUGCUUUGGGGUGGUUUUUUUUCAUUUUUGUAUUUUAAAAAUUUUAUCAGAGAACAAGAUAUAUGAAGUUUUCUUUUACUCUACACAAUCCAAGUUAAAUAGCUUUUGGUGAUGCACUGUACACUUUCUUAAGACUGUAUCUGAUAGCACCUUUUAACAGAAUCAAGCAAUGACUGGCAUUACUCACUGGGACCCGACCACUAAAUAAAAAUCUUUUCUGCAGAUGA